AUGAGUAACCCACCACUGUGGUCUGGAUUUCAAUCUUUAGGCAUCCAAGUAGCUCAAAACGCAAUUGCUAACCUCCAUCCUUUGGUAAGCAUAAUUAAUAUGGGGGGGCAACUAUCUUACUGAGGUCGCACCACUGUGGGCGCCAAAAUGGUUUAUAUAGCCUAAACCAAGGUUCAGGCUCUUUAAUUCUAACCCUUAGUAUGCGUAAUCAAUGCUUUAUGGGGUGGGUAAACCUUGGGAGUCAGCUGAUGACUAUUCCAGUCCAGGUAUUGGUUAUCCAGAUGGUAUUAUGCUUCCAGUUCCGAAGGGCGGUGGCUUUUCAAGGGUGUCACCUCCCCCAAAGGUGGCCACAGGAGAAAUCGGGCCAACUUUACCUCCAUAGUAUCCGAUAGCGUACUGGCAGGGUGUCUUUCUAACCCGUCAAGACUCUUGGGGAUCACAGCGCAAGCCCUGCUCCGCAUCAAAUCUGGAGACUUUAAGCCUUUUAAUCAUCAUAAUCUUAAUCUUUGGUAAGUAAGCAAACAUUGCCCCGCUCGCAAAUCAAGGGUUUAUUUUUAAAAUUUUAGUUUUGUAAAAUUUUCCUUCCUUAUUUUUAAAAAACCAAAUCCAUAAAUAUUUGACAUUAGAUUUUUCAUUUAAUUUAUAAAAUUUAUGUUUUAAAGAUACAAGCUAUUCAAAAUUUUUAUAGUUAUUGGGCAUCCCAUUAUUAUAAUUAUAAUAAAUAUGAACAAAUUACCUUUAAUCAAUGAGGGUUAAUUUUUAAAAAAUAUGUAUUUCUCUAAUACUUUUGCUCACUAACCAAGGGAGAGUAAGCGCUAUUUCGCUCUUAAAAGAGUUCUGAUUACUGGUGCUUCCUCAGGAAUAGGUAAAGCUUGCGCCGUUUGGCUUUUAAAUCAAGGAGCUCGUGUAGCUUUAAUAGGUCGAGACUUAGAAGAACUCGAGAAAAUCGGUCACCAAUUCCCCAAUCAAGCUGUUGCAAUCCAGUGUGAUCUUGCAAUCGAUCGCCAGCAAUAUGAUAUGGUCCUAAGUGCUGUGGAAACCUUUGGUGGGCUAGACAUUCUUAUUAACGCAGCCGGAAUUAUUUUUGAAAAUGACUUAGAAUCCACAUAUCCCCAAGAUCACGACUACAUUAUUGAUAUAAACCUAAGAGCAGUCUACCAUAUAAUUCAUAUGUGCCAAAGCUUUUUAGAAAAAAGCAGAGGCUGCAUAGUGAAUUUGUCAUGCGAAUGGGGAAAUCGUCCCCAGCAAGGAAUGAUCUCCAAUUGUAUGGCCAAAGCCGGUCUUGAAAUGCUUACGAAAUGUUUAGCACUUGAGCUAGCUCCUGUUCGAGUAAAUGCCGUGGCUCCUGGGAUGACCAAAACCAAUUUAUUUAAAUACGCUGGCCUAACUCCUCAUGAAAUAGACGUCUUAAGAAACAGAAUGAUGAAGGCAAACCCGAUGAAAAAAAUAGCGAACCCAGAUGACAUUGUCAAAGCUGUUAUCUUUUUAUGCUCAAAAAGGGCUGCGAACAUCACAGGACAAAUCCUAAAAGUGGAUGGAGGGAUGAAUUUGACUUCAUCCAUCACUAUUGAUUGGCAAGAUACCUUGACGAUGAACGCAAAGUUCGCACCUACCGGAACACAGUCAAUUCCAAGACUUGUAGAUUGGGCCAGAAAAGAAGCGAGGAAAUUUCAAGGCGAAGAAGUGCAUGAUGAAGACUGGGUAAGAGAGCAUGAGUCUAAGAGCAAUUGGAGCACUAAUCUGGCAGAUGCGCAUAUCAAAGUUACUGAUAACUACAGCAAGCUUGAAAAAACAGAAAAUAUUUUGAGCAAUUUGGAGGAGCAGAAAGAUGAAAAUGGGACAAUUUAUACAGCAGAAAACCCUAAAGCUGCAAGAAUGAUAGCUGGAAGACAAAGUCAAGGCCCUAAAAGUGGGGCAGCAGUAGGGGGAAACUUGCUAGGGCUUGGAUUGAAUGCGCCGAAAAUGAAUUCUCCUUAA